AUGGCUGCCUUCUCACCCUUCGCCCGCGAGCGGGCCGUCGCCGAAGCUGCCGUGCUUCGCGCCGCACUACUGACCAAGAAGAUCCAGGAAAAGGCCAGAGGGGUCGCCAAGGGCGACAAGUCCCCCGUCACCGAGGCCGACUUCGCCGCGCAGGCUCUCAUGAUCAGCGCCCUCCAAGAUGCGUUCCCCAAGGACUCGUUCGUCGGCGAGGAGGACUCCACCGUGCUGCGCGCCAACGAGCAGCUGCUGCAAGAGGUCUACAAGCAUGUGGCUUCGGCGCCGGACGUCGCCAACCCGGAGACUGGCUCCAAGUUCGCUAAGCCGAGCGACCACGAGGAUAUGCUCUCGCUGAUAGAUCGCGGUGGCAAGGGGACCGGCGGCCCCAACGGUCGGUUCUGGGGCAUGGACCCCGUCGAUGGGACAAAGACGUUCCUUCUCGGCCAUCAAUAUGCCAUCUCGUUAGCACUGAUCGAAAACGGCCAGCAGGUGGUCGGAGUCUUGUGCUGCCCGAACCUGAAACUGCGGAACGGCAGGGUGGUGGAGGAAAGCGUCGAUAAGGAUGGGUUAGGGAUCAUGCUCUCCGCCGUCAAAGGCAAGGGCGUCUCCGUGCGAUAUCUGUCACGGUCACCAGAGCUACCGCAGGCCACCCGUCUGGAACGGUUGAGAGGCCCGGCUGAACUGAAAGAUUUGCAUAUUGUCGACUCUCGCUCCAGCACUGCUCUUCGUCAUGACGUUGUCGAGCAACUCGCCGAGAAGUUUGGGGCAUCGUACCCGGGAACAGAGGUUUGGUCCUCACAUGUGCGCUACGCGACCUUGAUACUCGGUGGGGGAGACGCUCAAGUUCGUGUGCCGGCACGACCGGGUUUACCGGUCUAUAUCUGGGACCAUGCUGGAACCCAGCUUAUUUUCACAGAGGCCGGGGGGAAGAUAACCGAUCUUGAUGGGAAGCCUAUGGAUUUCAGCGCUGGCAGAGAGCUGUCCAAUAACCGGGGCAUGAUUAUCGCCAGGGAAGCUGUCCAUGCGGAUAUCUUAUCAGGAAUAUCACAACUUCUGGCAAAACCAUCAUAA